CGUAGAGCUUCUUCAGCUUCCACAUCAGGUGAUCGAGACAGCCUUUUACUUUGACGAAUCAGCGCAGUCAUCUGAAGUGUUGCUCCCAAGCCGGCCUGAAGAACGGGCUCCCAUCUAGGAUUGCCCUGCCGUCACGCUUGAUGGUUUUACAGUUCAGCGCUGAUACAUCUUUGUCUGUAUCGCGGCUGCUAAGACCGUGUUCGAAGAUUACCAAAGGUCUUGAAUUCUGAAUGUGGCAAAACCACACUGACUGCCGUUGGAUUGCACUGAAUCAGUUCCGGGAAAAAUACUUCAAAUUAUGCCAGGCUUGUUUACCAGCAUGACCCAUUACGUUUAUGCAGGGUGUUGUAAUUGUCUGUCGUCGUGCAAGCCGCGCUACAAGCGCCUGGUGGAUAGCAUCUUCCCGGCCAAUCCCGAGGAUGGCUUGGUUCGCAACAAUAUGGAGAGACUUACCUUCUAUGCUGUCUCUCACAACGAGAAGUUGGACCGCAUCGGUGGAUACCUGGCCCAUAGGCUGGACAGAGAUGUCUACCGCCAGAGGAUUGGCUAUGUAGUCAUCUCGAUGCAGGCUCUGGACCAACUCCUCCUGGCCUGCCACGCCCAGAGCCUCAACCUCUUCGUGGAGAGCUUUCUCAGAAUGGUACACAAGUUGCUGGAGUCCAACACGCCCGAGCUGCAGAUACUGGGUACCAACUCGUUUGUCAAGUUCUCGCAGAUUGAAGAGGACACACCGUCGUACCAUCGGACUUACGACUUCUUCAUCUCAAAGUUUGCCUCAAUGUGUCACAACAACAGUGACCACGCCGAAACAAGACGGAAAAUACGAUUGGCUGGGCUGAAAGGCCUACAAGGCGUGGUACGCAAGACAGUCAGCGAUGAACUACAAGUCAACAUUUGGGACACCACCUACAUGGACAAAAUUGUCCCGUCCUUUCUCUUCAACAUGAGCGAGGGAUUCGACAGUCACGAGUCUCCCGUUCAUGAACAUCCCGAGGAGAGACCAGAGGUACUUGCUGAUAGCUGUCUGAGAGACGUCAUGAGACGAGCUGCCUACGCCAACAUCCAUACAGUCAUCAAGCCUGUCUUAAAGCAUCUUGAUCUGCAUGAACUCUGGGUACCCAACAACUUUGCCAUCAAAGUCUUCAAGGGGAUCAUGUACUCAAUACAGUCACAGUAUCGAUACGUCACGCCUCACUUCCUCCUACUCCACCUGGAUGAACACAUGAAAAACACGCCCAGGAUUAAGCGCAGCAUCGUUGAGGUCCUCAAGGAGAUUGUCGCCAUCGCUGCGGACGGCGCCGUGGGGCCCUCGGUGCUGGAAAUCUUCAACACACUCCUCCGCCACCUGCGCCUGUCUGUGGAUGAGCGCCUGUCAGGAGGCCAGGCCUCUGCCACAUCCUCCUCGGCCGAGCGUUCUGCUGCCAGCGCCAAGAAGACCAAGAAGAAGUUUGACGAGAAUGAGGAGAUACUGUUUGAAGAGGCCAUCAUUGAUACAAUCGGUGCUUUUGCUAGCAUCCUCCCUGACUAUCAGAAGAUUGAGAUUAUGAUGUUCAUCAUGGGCAAAGUCCCCAUGCCGCGAGAUCGUAGCAGUACAGUGCUGCAGGAAGAGGACCAUCCGUUGUCUCUAGAAACCAAGGGGGAGGGUGACAUCCUUGUUCAGGAUAUGCUCCUCAAGAGUUUAUUGGAGGUGGGAACAAAGUAUACGACUGUUUCUAUGGCAACCACUUUCCCAGCAUCCUUUUUCCAGCCGCUUCUCAAUAUGUCAGUAAUUCCUAAUCCAGGCAUCCGUGUCAUAGUCCAAGAAAUUCUUCACACGCUUGUGGACCGUCAUGAAAAUGUCAUCAAGCUGUACGCAAACCGUGGCAUUGUCAAGAACAUCGCUGACUUGGAACUCAAAUGCGAGAAACCUUCCAGACAGGAUAUCAUGUUCAUGAGAAAGCAUGGGGCAGAGUUCCAAUGGCACAUCUUUGAGAACUUGAUCCGAGCCAAGAACACCACCAAGAACUUUGUGGCCAUCUACUGCACCAUGGCACUGCUGUGCGUGGAGCUGGGGACGGACGAUGUCCUGGUGGACUUGGUUAAACUGGCCCUGGCCCUGCAGGAUCACACCUGUGAGCCCAACGCAAAGCUGCCGCUAAGCCACUUGUACGCCAUCCAUGCCAUCGUUGCCCAGUACUUGAAUCUGAUUGGUCAACUGACUGCCAUCCCAUCAUUGUGCCAGCAUAUCUCCCAGGUCAUCGAAGAGAGACGCAAGAGUGCCCCCUUUCUGCUUCCACCAAUAAACGUGGAGGAUAAAGUGGCCGGAAUGAGUCCAAGUAGUUUGGCACCAGAGCUACUUUUCCAUGUGGACAGCAUCAGCGAAGCGCUCGCCAGCAGCGGCCAUGAUGUUACUCGCCUCUCCGUGCCGUAUAUUCACGUUCAGCAACCUCAAAAUGUUGACAGUCGUCCGCGGAGCUUGACGGAGGUUGGCUCCAUCAAUGUUGACUUCGAGCUUCUGCAAGCAUCGCCAACCCCAGGACGGCAUUUACAAAAUUCACAGAAACGACCCCCAGAAGAGGUGACCUUUGAGAGCCUGAAGCAAGUCUUGAUCAGUGGCAUCAAUGACAGUUCGGCCGAGGACGAGCGACAGAGGAGGCUGGACGUGCUGCACAGUUUCCGCAACUCCACCCUGGAUGAGCUGGCUGCGGCGGCCGAAACUAGGAAUGAAAAGUGGCAGCAAAAGUUGAACGACAUCUUGGAGACGGUGACAAAGAGUCCACAGACGCCGGCUGGUAGCCCCACGAGGCCUGACCCAUCCACACCGCUACAGUUUCAAUCUAUCCCAACCUACGAGAUGAAGUUCCCAGAACUCUGCGUCUACUAAGGGAACAUUCCCAAGGGACAAACUUCUUGACAAAAACUCGACCAGAAAUGCAGCUCUGUCUCAUCUUGAAUAUACGCCGUUCCCACAUUGGGAACACCACGCAUUUUGGUAUGGCAACGCUUUGAUUUCAAGCGUGCAUGUUUUGUCACCUGUCCAUGUUAGAUCAGAACUUGCUGAACGCACUUCCUAUCUUGCAGGAACAAGAAAUGACGUGUCUUUUAAUAUAUAUUAACGGCACCGCUUUGGUGGGGUGGACGGCAAACGCACACUUGUACAUGCCCGCUUGGCACGAGAGUCAUUUAGCACAUGUGACCAAUUUCAGUUCAAAUGUAUAGUCCUCAUGUUUUUGCAAGGUGCGUGCACAGCCCCGUUGAGACCUCCACAAGCCUGUGUCUUCCUCACCAAUGAAGGGGUCCUUCUUAUCGGGCCAAAUACUCAACAGCGACGCACCAUGUUUCAAACGAAUUGUUGUGGAUGGAAAACCAAGGAGUCAAAUGAUUUUUUUUUUAUUUGUUAAUAUUCCCCUCUUUGCUGGUUUGUAAGAGGCAUUGAAAUCCAUCACCACGCAAUGCCUUGUGACGUUACAUACUGUGAUAUUGAGACCUCUUGACCUCUUGAACAUAAACAGCAAAACAUUUGUAAUCGCAUUGACUUGAUACAUAUUUUUACUUGUAAGAAAAGAAAGGAAAGCAGGCAAGGUAUAAUUGGAAAAAAGAGAGGGAAAAGGAACUUUGCAUUAAUUUCUUAUUUUUUUUUUCAACAAUAUAUUUCAAAUUAUAUGUUCCAUUCCAGUCUUUGUUUCAUUAGAGUCAUAUUUGUGAAGAAAAUCCAUUUCUUUGCAAUUAAUUUAUGGAGACUAAGUCCUGCCGUUACAGAUUCAUUAUAACUUAUUUAUCUAGAAAUUGAUUUUAAGGCAGAAUAUGAAGACAAAGGGUUGUGUGUCUUUCAUGUAUUUAUAUCGAGUGUUUGUAUCUAAUGUAUCAUGUUGUGGAGGUGUAAUGUUUAGUAAACCAGAGCGUAAUGGUGAUCAAAUGAAACUUCAAACUUAUGGCCUUACAUCACUGGUGCGGAAAUUUUGGACCUAACCGUCUAAGCUCACUGUUUUUAAAGUACAGAAUUUGCACAUGUGGCUAUGCGUAUAUGCCAAAAAUGAUUUGCUAUGGAAAGGUGCUUAGCACAGAAGUUUCUGGCAUUGUAAGCGUGCAUUUUUUUGUUUGCUGUAAGCAGAAUAGUAGGACUGGGCCCGAUGUAAUUGUGAUCAGCGCUAGCAAAACUAGUCUCCAGAGCCACAUUUGAAAAAUAGGACUUAUAAGAAUCAGAACCCUCAACUUUGUCAUCCCUAAAAUGUCCAUUUUCAACAGGAUACCAUACUGAGUGUUAUGUCCAAAACAAAGAGCUCAGUGGCCCUUUGGUAUAGACGUGGAAUGAAAGUAUGACAGAAGCGGUCUUAACCCUAACCCUCCUUAGUCCUCCUACAGGUGAAGGAUUGAGGAGGGUUAGGGUUUUAAUGAAUGGUUUUAUAUUGGAACCGGUCAAGACCUGAUGAUUUCUUCUACAUAUCUAGUUUCUAUAGGAUACAGCAAACUGCAUUCAACACGACAUACUCGAAACUGUGACAGCCUGAACAGGAUGUCCGUGAGGCUGGCGCUUGGCCAAAUUGGUUAAAGGGGUAGCAGGUGGAAAGAUUCAUCUGGUUUUGUAAUGGCCACAUUUUGGGGAUACGUGUAUUUGGAUUAAUUUUCUGUAAAAUGAAAUGAGGCGCUAAAGGUAAGAAGUAUUACAACACUGUUCAUUGUCAAGUUGAGAAAGUGUCGGAUGGGCUGUUGUGUCCAGUCAUUUGAAUACCCCCAUCUGAUUGGUUGCACCUCCUUGAGGAAACUCUUUUGUUGGAAGCUUGCCAGAUAGUGUCCACAACUUGUGCACGUUAUUGGCGGCAGAGCACAGGAUUAAAAAUAUGUCAGACUUUUAGGGCUCGGUUAUUAUGAAAACUUGUUCUGAAUUGCCUGGCAUGUUUUUACCAUAUCACUUUUGAGACUGAGUUUAUUUAGGGGGGUGGGGUUAUCGCUAUAACUCCAACCACAACCAUCAAUAUCCCUUCCACUGAAAAUCUUUUUUCCCAUGAAGACUGGUUUGGGGCCAAAAUAUAAAUUCUCUCCCAUGAAAUACUCACAUAGAAAGAUUUUUCGGUUGUAUGGUUCCCAUUUCUUGUCAUACAUCUGUGGUGUAGUUUUUCAAAAUUGUGCUUGCCGUUUUUCUCGGUGUUGAAUUUUGAGUGCAAUACCCGUGCAAGAUUACAAAUUAUAAAUCUUUUGGAGGGUAAUCGAAUUUGAAAUGUUUAAGAAAACGUGUUGCUUGUAUUACCUGAUGUAUGACAGCACACUGAGGCUAUCUUGGAAUAAAUAGAAAGAUAUACUUUAA